GACCGCUCAAUUUCAGCACAAUCUAUGGGAUAUCUAGUUCUCAAUCGUUCAAUGACGGAAUUACCGUGCAACUACGUCAUGAACCGCCCUCACCCGCACCAACAUUUUCGCUUCUCAACGUUGUGUAUCCUCUAGAAAUUCACCCGUCUCCGCAUUCUUGCAAUUAAAAAGAACCAUGGCUACUCAAACUGCUCUGAAAGAUGCUGUAAUCCAUGAUCACAAUGAAAUGUAUCAGUAUUAUGACCAGUAUCAGCAGUCCAAAGGCAAUGUCGAUGCUCAAGCCCGCUGGGCGCGCCAACUCACUUGGGAAAUCGCGAGGCAUGCUGUCGGCGAAGAAAUUGUCGUUUAUCCUCUUAUGGAGAAACAUCUCGGUCAAAAGGGUGUUCAAUUGGCAGAUGAAGACCGUGCCGACCAUCAGACCGUAAAGGAGCUCUUAGCUCGUCUGGAGACGCUCACACCCGGGACUUCUGAGUAUGACGACACUCUGAGCGGAGCCAUGGCCGACCUUCGUAAACAUAACGAAAGUGAAGAGCAGAAUGAUUUACCCCUGUUGGAAGAGAAGCUUUCUAUGGGGGAUAGUCAACAAGCAGCGACUUUGUUCACUAGGACGAAUAAGUUUGUUCCUACGCGGGCCCACCCCAUGGCUCCGAACAAGCCACCUUAUGAGACCCUCGUUGGCUUCAUGGCGGCACCUAUUGACAAAUUGAAGGACUAUUUUGCCAGUUUCCCUACUGAGGAAAUGAAAAAAGACGCAGGCAUUCAUUGAGGGUAAAUUAUCAAAGGAGUCGGCUUCAUGUUUUUUAUUUCAAUGGUCGGCUAUCGUUUCUUUUCCAGUCGUUAACUGAGUGGCUUGGGAUGACUAUGGCUGUGCGUUCUUGCCCCAAAGUUUUUGUAGCAAACUUUUACGGUUUGUAUGGUAUAUUGGCUCUGCCCAGGCUCCUGCUCUUAAAUUAUGGUUAGGAGAUAUGUCAGGUGUAGUGUUGACGUAACACGAAACUUAUUCUUGGUCGUUUUGUUUUUGAC